AGGACCACUACCUGGCAAACGAAAUCAAGUGCAACUUUAAGUCUUCGAGGAACAGUGUUACUCACUCUUUGCGAGCUGAUCAUCGGAUAACUUUUGGCGUGCAAGUUUUUUUUUCUGUCUUUAGCAAGAAACAGGUGCAUGAAGUAAACAGAAGCUGGUUCGUCCUGGCUGAAUUGGGUGAAUACCUACUUACGCGGAAGGUAUACAACUAGGGCCGCCCGUGUGAUGAAACUAAGUGAGGCUGUCUAGUUUUUAUUUUUGACAGAAACCGCUUCUGAUUCGUUAUGGCACGUCGAUCUCAACAAAGCUGAAUUUUGCGACUCCAUCAAAAAAAGAAAUGGCCUGCUCCAGUACAACCAAGCCUACGAUCAGCCAGCCCACCUACAAGGUGCUGGAUACCUUUGAAAACGGAUCAGGCCAGCUACUCCUAGAAGAGGUGCUUCAGAGAUUAGAAAAGACCCGCGGCCUUUUUCAGGAGGAGGCGGACGCUUUGGAGCAGUUCGACGAGGAUGUUAUUUUCGGAUCGAACAGCUCCGCGGCCAUCAGUAGCGCACUGGAGAAGCAUAUCAAGUGGAAAAAUGUCUGGGUCUGGAAGAGUCAUGCUGUUUUUGCAUGACACAGAAGGGCUGGCAUGGAAGCUCUAGCAUCACAGGUUUCGAGAAGCUUCCGCCACACCGAAUCCGCAUGACAAGUGUUCCAUUUCGGUGACAGAAAUUGGGCAGCUUUUGCUACCUAUGCAUGAGAGACUUUUCUGUGUUCUGAAAUGCGCAUCACAAGUAGAUUGCACUCUUCCAGACCCAGACAUUUUUGCAAUGCAUAAAGCACGACGCGAAGAUUAAGUUGCUCGAAAAAGAGAAGAAGAAGAUGAAAAAGAGGAGUAAAAAGGAAAAAAAUAAAAUGAAUCAAGAGAAAGACAAAAACGCGAACAGUAAAUCGAACCUGGAUAAGUUUAUCAUUCCCACGUCCGCACAGGAACGGGACGAGUUCCGAAGAUCGGCGCUGAGCAUCCUGAACCGGCUGAACCCGAUAUCCUGACUAAAAACGUCCCCACCCCAUAGUCAAGACGGGAAAUCUGCUAGACAAGUCUACAAGCUUAGGUUGUUGCGCGUGACAAGUUUGGCCUCGUAGUGUAAUCCGCCUGCUGAGCUCGUUCAGCAGCAUCACAGGCCUAACCUGCUAUGCUAAUUGGAGCAUCACAAACUCCACAAACAAGCCUAGGAAUUGCUUCUCAUGGGGCUUCGCAUGAGAAACAUUUCAAGCAUGCAGAUUUGCAUGACAACUUUGGGGCGGGGACGUUUUUACGUAGGAUGCCCGAUGUUGGAGGGGUUGCGGGAGGACUUCGCAAUCAGCCGCAUGGUGGAAGUCAGCCACGCGAGUGGUAGAAAACCUUCGGUGGACGACGGGAGGGUUGUAGACGUAGAGGAUGAGGACGAAGAGCAGAUAGAGGGUGGUCCUGCCGAAGACGUAGAGGAACCCGUUUUUAUUGGUCCGGAUCUUGUCGAACACAACUUCGGGUAUGCCUCCAACCACGAACGAAAGCUGAUGCUGGCCGCGCUCUCUCUGGCCGGCGGCGAUACCCUAAAACCGAAGCACAUCAAGUGGCUCAUGAACUACCGAUAUCAGCUGGUGCAACUAAAUGUCUGGGUCAAGGGAAGGCUGUAAGAGCAAGACUUGUAUUUCUCGUGCUUGGCUAACAGAAGUGGAGUAAAAGCUGUAAAAAUGCGUGCAGCUGACCUAGUACAGGAGCUCCUCUUUGUCUUUUUCGACAUGCACGAAUGCAGGUCGUUGUCCUGCAGUUUAUGCACCAAAGCGUAGUCGCUCAAGAAAAACUUGUGCGUCAUGUCUGGCCCGGCAUGUACCAGAGGUUGCCGAUCAACCUUCGCGGAUUUAUUGUAGCAUCACAACUUCCCUCCAAUUUGAUGCAGACAUAUUUGCAAUUCAUAAUCACCACGCGAAUUCGCGGCGGGAGGACGAGGCAGAUGCGAAGUCGUCUAAAAUCGUCUUCAAAUUAGACAAGGAUGUCGUCCACCCGGUUCUCGAGCAGGCUGGAUUGUUACGAACUUGAAAAGUGCUCCGUAUUUUCCCAAAAGGCGACGUAGUUGCUUGUGUAAAUUUGUAUCCACGCGGAAAUUAUUUUCAGUGUUGCAUGACGGGAAUGCGAUACGUCUUGCAAUUGAAUGAAGGCGAAGGGAUGCAUGUUUAGCAUUUGACGGAGAUUUGUUCGGUCGUGUUGUGCAAGUAGAACACAGAGUUUCACUAAUGUGCUGGGUUGAAAUAAAUAAUUUGUCUUUGUGAUGCUGGUAAAUACCUACAUAGUGGCACAUGUUUUGCAAUGCAAAAACCAAUUUUUUUGUUCUGUGUACGGAGGUUUAGGGGCGCUUUUCUUCUUCAUGCUUUUCGGCCGAUGUGGACUACGAUCAGCUGGUGAAGUGCAUCAACGAUCCGAAGGUAUCACACAGAAAAAAGCUCCCACAUCUUCUUCACAUUGAUCUGUAAUGCAAAAAUAAGUACAGACAAGGAGGCGCCUGCCUACCUGAAACAGCAUGGUCGUAUCAUGGGCUUACCGUUAGUACCCAUGAUAGAUUUUCAUCCUAUUUAUUUUGCAUUACAAAUCGUGUGGCCAACAUGUGGGCACUCGCUUUUUUCCGCGGGAUAGAAGGCGGUGAUUGAAGAAGACUUUGGGAUGGAUGUGGACACUAUCAAAAGUAAAAGUGUCUGGGUCUGGAAACUUGUGAUGCUGGGUGGCGUCUCAUGAUGAGGCUACAGAUGCUGGCUCAGCAUGACAAGUUUCUGAGCUCCUAGGUGUUGCCUAUUCUGCAUGACACAAAAACGGAGCGCUUGGGUAACGUGCAUGACAGAUUUAAGAAUCAUGCCAGACAAGCAUGACAAACAUGAAGGCUUCCAGACCCAGACAUUUUUACAUUUGAUAGACACCGUUCUAAGAGCUUUUAACGAAGGGUGAAAUGGCGGGUUAACACUGCUUCAUCCUCGUCAAGGAGAAGAAGCCUAGUGGCACCAUGCGAAUAAAUGCACUUUGCGUAUGCACGAUUUGUUCUCUAGAAGCGACUGUUUUAAUACAUAAUCAUUUUCCACACGACAACUGUACUACGAU